ACUAGUUGCAAUUUCUAAACGUAUAUCAACUAACCUCAAAGUUGUGUUUAAUGUAGUAUUGUUUUGAAACACCGAAAUAAUAGAAUUUACUUUGAAUACAUCAUUAGGCUAGCUAAAAUAUAGUACAAUGGCUUCAAAGGAAGGAGGCGACAAAGGAAAGUCUUCUCAGGGUGCGGGAGACAAUAAAGAGAAGAGAAGGAAGGAGUCCAUCCUAGAUUUAAGUAAAUACUUAGAGAAGAGCAUUCGUGUAAAAUUCGCUGGCGGUCGAGAGGCGGCGGGAAUUCUGAAGGGAUACGAUCCUCUUUUGAAUCUUGUAUUGGACAAUACUACAGAAUUUCUAAGAGAUCCUGAUGACCCGUAUAAACUAUUGGAUGAUACCAGAGCACUAGGACUGGUGGUUUGCCGAGGAACUUCAGUUGUUCUAAUAUGUCCCAUGGACGGCAUGGAAGCCAUACCUAACCCUUUCAUCACCCAGGAAGGGUAAAACAUUUAAAUUAACUUGUCAAUUUAUGUUUAAGGUGUAAUUAUAAAUUAAGUAAACAAUAUUAAAACAA